GCCAAGCUUGCCUUCCAUUCAAUUGCCUUCCAACUGGCCUAUCAACCCACACUAGUCGUGCCAAUUCGAUCUCAAAAAAGAUGUCGCCCCUCAUCGCUCAAGCUCCCACUUCGCGGAUCAUCCUGGGUCUCAUGACCUUUGGCAAGGACGAGUCCGCCGGAGCCCGCAUUACGGAUAUCAACGAGUUCAACAAGAUCCUGGACCUGUUCCAGUCCCGCGGUUACAACGAGGUCGACACGGCGCGAGUCUACAUCGGCAAGCAGCAGGAGGCCUUCACCAGGGAGGCGCAAUGGAAGGACAGAGGCUUGACCCUGGCGACCAAGAUCGUGUAUCCCGGCGAACCCGGAGCGAACACGCACGACAAGGUCAUUGAGUCGCUGGAGACGAGCUUGAAGGAGCUGGGUACCGACUCGGUGGACCUUCUGUACCUUCAUGCCGCCGACCGCGGCACUCCCUUCGCCGAGACCCUCUCGGCCCUCGACAAGCUCCACAGGGCGGGCAAGUUUGUGCGGCUCGGCAUCAGCAACUUCACGUCCUUCGAGGUGGCCGAGAUCGUGCUGACGUGCAAGCACAACGGCUGGGUGCGGCCGACGGUGUACCAGGCCAUGUACAACUGCAUCACGCGGGGCAUCGAGCCGGAGCUGGUGCCCGCGUGCCGGCGGUACGGCCUCGACAUCGUCGUGUACAACCCCAUCGCGGGGGGCCUGUUCAGCGGGAAGAUCAAGUCGAAGGACAUGGUGCCCGCCGAGGGCAGGUUCAGCGACGCGAACCCGACGGGGCGAAACUACCGUGGGCGGUACUUCAAGGAGAGCACGUUCAGGGCCCUGAGGGUCGUCGAGGAGGCGGCGGAGAAGCAUGGCCUUAGCAUGAUUGAGACGGCGCUGCGGUGGACGGUGCAUCACUCUGCGCUCAAGGUGAAGGAUGGAAAUGAUGGUGUCAUCAUUGGCGUGUCGGGCGCGCAGCAGCUCGAGGAUAACUUCACGAAUCUGGAGAAGGGGCCCUUGCCUGAUGAGGUGGUGAAGGCGCUCGAUGAGGCGUGGCUUAUCACUAAGGCGGAUGCGCCGAAUUACUGGCACAUGGAUAUCAAGUAUACGUAUGAUACUAGGGAAGCGCUGUUUGGGGCCGGCGCGAAGUGAGGUGGAGGUCACGGUUAUUCCCCUGAAAUGGACGAGGUGUUGGUAACGGUGGAUUCUCCAGCGUUUUCGAGGCGUGUCUGUUUUGGGACAUGUGGGAUGAAGCUCAUUGGUU